GAAAAGAAAGAAGCAGAGAAGGAAGGAUAGAAAUGUUUGUCCAGACUGUGAAAUUUUCCCACUUGUUUUUGCCCUGUUCCUGUCUCAGCAGGAUGAGCUGGAAUUCAGCAUGGGACCAGAAAAUGAAACAGCAGUUACUGAGUUCAUCCUAGAGGGUUUCCCAGAGCUGGAUCCAAGGCUGCAGGUAUUUUUCUCUCUGGUCCUUCUGCUCAUGUACCUGACAACAGUGAUGGGGAAUGCAACCAUCAUUUUCCUUGUGUGUGUGGAUCACUACCUGCAAACCCCCAUGUACUUUUUCAUCAGCAACCUGGCCUUCCUGGAAAUCUGGUUUACAUCCUCCACAAGCAUCAAACUGUUUGUGAUGCUGAGUUCUGGUCAGAACACUCUCUCACUAAGCAGCUGCUUUGCCCAAAACUAUUUCUAUUUUGCUAUGGGCUGCACAGAGUUCAUGCUGCUUGUUGUCAUGUCCUUUGACCGCUAUGUUGCCAUCUGCCAACCUUUGCGCUAUGCUGCCAUCAUGAAGCCUCAGCUCUGUGUCCGCCUGGUUGUUGCUGCUUGGAUCCUCAGCUUUGCCCUGCUGAGCUACCGGCUGCUCUUCCUCUCCAAGCUGUCCUUCUGUGGCUCCAAGAUCCCCCAUUUCUUUUGUGACAACUCCCCCUUGUUCAAACUGUCCUGCUCUGACACCAGCCUGCUCUGGAAAAUAGACUCUGUCUUCAUAUCCUGUGUUGUGCUGGGUUCCUUGUGUUUGACUCUGGCAUUUUACAUCUGCAUCGUUUUCUGUGUUCUGCAUCUUCCAGCAGCCUCUGGGAGGAAGAAAGCUUUGACUACGUGUUCUUCCCAUCUCAUCACCUUAUCCAUUGCCUACGGGAGCUGCAUUGCUCUCUACACACGUCCUGCAGAAGUUGUUUCCUUGAGCACCAACAAAAGUGUAGCUCUGCUGAAUACAGUCCUGUACCCAUUCUUAAAUCCAUUCAUCUACAGCCUUCGGAACAAACCUGUAAUCCUGGCCCUGAGCAAAUCCAUUGCAAGGGCAAGAACAAAGCUUUUCCCCUAACCAUGGUGCAUUUCUGGAAAGCCAUCCCAAGAAUCUGGUGUCAUCUGUUACACAAUAGCAGCGCCUGUGAGUGCAGCUUCCAAACAGGGCUGCCUCAGGUUAAGAGAUAAGAGACUCAUCUGCACACCCAGACAGGGCAUCGACAAUGGCAGGAGGAGAAACUCAGUUCACUCUCUGCCCUGGCUGCUCCCAGGACCAUUUACUGGAGAGCCACCAGCUCAUUAAGGGCCAAUCUGCAUAACAGAGAAGAGUUCAGAAGAACAGUGGCAAGUGACAAUCCAAAUUACAGCUCCUGGGCAACGGACACCUUGUCCAGCUCCUUCCCUGGGACAGCCA